UUGCGACAGUUUACAGGGAAACUUCGUGACGCUAUGUUGUACACAGUUCGAAUGGCUGGUUCUCUUGCCCUUUUGGCCAAUACCCUUGAGUGAUAGCAACCAUGAUUAUAAUUCCCGUUAAUGUCGCGAGUGUCGAUCCGUGCAGUGAAAAGGAACGGGCGAGUGUUCUAUGAUGUGGAUAGAGCAUAUCGAUGAGGAAAUACAUAUUUUCCAGCCAUCGGCUUCGAGUUCAAACAGAGAGAAUCCACGCUUGACACCUUAGGACAACCCUGAACCAACCAAGAUGUCUGUGCGCAGCGGUCGUGUUGUGAAGACAGUGCGGACCCUCACCCGGCCGGCACUGGAAGCAGCUUGUGCAUACUCUGGUUACAACUGUACUCUGUCCCGCCUAGAAGGGUAUGAGUAUUGCAACCGCCACAUUCUGGAGGACAAGGGAGCCCCCUUCCGACAAUGCAACUACAUUUUCACCAGUACGGGCAAGCGCUGCCUCCGCCCAGCACCGACCACAGAUAGGAAGGAAGGCAGGUACUGCAGUGAGCACUCCCGCAAAUCACUGUUGGUGCGGCAGCGAGCGGCUCGAAAGGUCCAGCCCCGCGAGACCCCUGAGACUUUGCUUGCCCAGCUGGCCCACCAUCAGAUGGACACUCACACAGCAGGGCAAAAUGCAAUUCCAGAUCCUGCAAGUGUUCCAGGCAUAGCAUCUGCUGCUCUUGAAUAUGCCAGUGACACAGACAGUGAGGGAGAGUUCUCCACGCUGCCCCCUGACUCACUCCCCAGACGUGAAGCCGACAGUGAACUGGACUCGGCUGACUCCGAUGCUGACCCCCUGGAGCAUGCCCAGGUGUUCACUACAGAGGAGAUCACUAGGAUUUACCUGGAGAAGCUUCAGAGAUUAAAGGCAAUGUACAUUGGAGAAUACAAAAGGCUUACUCAUAUCCUGAGGGAGAGCAGACGUAAAUACUUGCAAGCAGGACGUGCAGAGAAGGAGACAAUGGCCAGUAUUCAUGCCCAGCCAAAGGGAACGCCAGAGGAGAGAGCAGCAUACAACCAGCUGAAGGCAAUGGUCAGGUACCAUCGCCAUCUGGGAACACAUGCACUUUUGUACCGACAACAGUAUGAGAGGCGCUUGCAGGUGACAGAAGGUGUAAACUAUAAACCUGGACCAAGUGUUGGCUGUGUGAAGUGCAUCUAUAGUGAGGGCUCUUGGCGAUGUGGGGAGAAGUCGAUACCUCUCUCAAAAUACUGCGCCAAGCAUAUCUUACAUGACCCGAACCAAGUGCUCUUUGGGGCGUGUGGUGUCAGCAGGUAUGGCGACGAUGGCUGUUCCAUGCCAGUGAUCUCAACCCCCCACACCACAACCUGCAUCUACCACACACCCAUACCUGACCCCCUGCCGGUUAGUGUACCCCCAGUGGAGGACAUGGAUGCAAGUGGCCUAGGGGGUGCCUAUUCAGUGACGGAUGAGUCCCUGAACCCAAGUGAUUCCAACAGCCACCUGGCAACCCCAGGACCCCAGCAGAUCAUUGACUUGUCGGAGAGCCACAGCUUCAUCGUCACUGAGGUCCCUCCGGAGAAUGUGAUGGAAGGGGAUGGGGAGGAGACUGAGAUAUCCGUGCCAGCUGGAACAAAGAC